GCCAUGGCCGCCAUGGCGGAGGCGGUGUCCCCCAGCCGCGAGCUGCAUGCACCCAAGAACCGUGAAGGGCUGAUGGAUGAGAAGGCCUUGAAACGAGCCAACCGCCUCGCCGGAGUUGGACAAUCUGUGGCCAACAUGGACCUCAAGGCUGUUGCUGAUGCCUAUAAGAGUCAGGCGGGCGGCAGCGGCAUCGAGUCCGCCGCUGUCGCAGCGGCAGCCUUGAAUGCAGCCUUAAAGGCGCAAUUGCACGGCGGCAACGUGGACACGGAGCACUGCGUGAGAAUGGCCACACAGGAGGUCCAGAAAGCCGCCACCAAGAAAGCAAGACAAGCCCAAGGAGAGGCUGUGAUCGCUGCACGUGUUGCUGAGGCGGGCUACGAGGGCCAGGCGCGUUCAGAGGCAUUGAAGGUGGCGCAUGAUGCGCACUUCGCGCGGGUGAUGCACGAGAAGACCGACCGCCUUGCGGAAGAUGCAGCCACCAAGAGAGCUCUCCGGGAGGAGCGCGCUGCAGCGGCGGCCGGUCGCCGAUGCCUCUCCGAGGCACGUGCACGCUUUGCGCGACACUGGCCUUCGCCAGCUAUCGAGGCGCAGGAUGAUGGCAACUUGCCAAGCCUAUUGGCCGAUGACCCCGUGGUGCGAAAGGCUCGGGCUCUUUGCAGCGGCGUGGCUCAGGCAGUUUCGCAGCUUGAAGAGCAGAACCAGCUUCUGAAGAGCAAAGCUUCGCUGCAGCUGAUGAACAUUCCCAGGUCAGAACCACCGCGUGAACGCAAGUCGCCCACACCCUUCCAAGGACCCUUUGACAACGAGGUUGAUGUUGGUGGUCAUGCCGCGAUUUCAAUUUGCCGGAGAAACAGAGGCUUCCAUCCGCGCGCAGUUCUGCACGCACGACGCCCACCCGGGAGCCCUCCAGUCAUGGAAGCCCGCGACAAGGAGAUCUCAGCGCUCUGCAGCGUGCUCGGCAGCAAUGCACUGACGUUUGCAUCGAGCUCUCCACCAAGAGCCGCGCUAUGAAACGGUAGCGAAGCAAAAGUUUCACCCAGCCGGGAGAUGGGACAGGAACAGCACUUCGCAGGAAAUGGG